GUUACGCAGUGAUUGCCUCCCUCAUACGUCCAGUCAGGUCUAGCGACAGUCAGAAACCCUUCAGAGUAGAGAGAAGAGCAGCUUCUACAACUCUGGCUCAACUGCUAAGUUAUACGACAACGAGGACGGAUUCUCAUUCAGACAUCGGGACUUUCUUUUUUCCAUAAAGUCCUGAGUGAAGACAUUAGUCCAGUCCAAAGACUUUAGCCUCCUCAGUGAAGUCCAGGUUUGCUCUCAUUUGGAUUAAGUCAGCUUUAUCCAUCGAGCCUUCUGUCCCGGGAGACCGGUCCAGCCUUUCAAGCUGGACGGAGGGGAGACGAGUGGGCCCGAGGGCCCGGCCUUUGUACUGCGACACAGAACCUCAAACCUCAUUGAACACACGGUAGAUAGCACGUCUACAGGUCCCAUGAGUCCCCGGGAGAAAGGAGACACGCCCAUCUCAGGUCCUUCAACAAGUCACCUCAGUACCUCAGAGUGCCCCUCACACAAUGGGACUGUCCCCGAGUGCGACGAGGACAGAAGAAUAGACGAAGAGGAUGACAGAGGAGGAGAAGGAGAGGAAAAGGCAGAAGAGGAUGAGAAGAGCAGUGAUGAAGGCUUCAUGGGAAUGACUCCGCUGCUGCAGGCUCACCAUGCCAUGGAGAGGAUGGAGGAGUUUGUACACAAGGUGUGGGAGGGUCGGUGGCGCGUCAUACCUCACGAUGUGCUCCCCGAUUGGCUGAAGGAUAACGACUUCCUGGUUCACGGCCACAGGCCACCCAUGCCUUCGUUCCGCGCCUGCUUCAAGAGCAUCUUUAGAAUCCACACAGAGACGGGCAACAUCUGGACACAUCUGCUAGGCUGUUUGUUUUUCCUCUGUCUGGGUCUCAUGUACAUGUUCAGGCCCAACAUGUCGUUCGUGGCUCCUGUCCAGGAGAAGGUCGUUAUCGGGAUGUUUUUCCUAGGAGCCAUCCUCUGUCUCUGCUUCUCCUGGCUCUUCCACACAGUCUACUGCCACUCUGAAGGCGUCUCCAGAGUCUUCUCAAAGUUGGACUACAGCGGGAUCGCCUUCCUGAUCAUGGGCUCAUUCGUCCCCUGGUUGUACUACUCCUUCUACUGCUCCCCUCAGCCCUGCUUCAUCUACCUGAUAGUGGUGUGCAUACUGGGAUUGGCCGCCAUCACCGUCUCCCAGUGUGACUUCUUCGCCACGCCGCAGUACAGAGGUGUCAGAGCAGGAGUGUUUGUGGGUCUGGGUCUGAGCGGUGUGGUUCCCACCCUGCACUUUGUCAUCAGUGAGGGUCUGAUCAAGGCCACCACCAUGGGUCAGAUGGGCUGGCUGCUGCUCAUGGCGGCGCUCUACAUCACCGGAGCCUGUCUGUACGCCGCUCGCAUCCCAGAGAGGUUCUUCCCGGGCAAGUGUGACAUCUGGUUCCACUCCCACCAGCUGUUCCACAUUUUGGUGGUCGCGGGGGCUUUCGUUCAUUUCCACGGCGUCUCCAACCUGCAGGAGUUUCGUUACACAGCAGGAGCGGGCUGCGCUGAGGAUGGCACGCUCUAAUGCGCGCACACACGCACGCAGACACGCCCACAUACCGACUCACUCAUUCACUCACACACAUUUUCUGGGGAGGCCCUGGUUCUAAUAGUAUGCACAGAAUUACACACAUAAAACCUGAAUGGUGCACACACACACAACCCCUCACACCAAGACUAAAGACCGAAGUGGCUUGUCUGAUGUGUGUGUGUGUCUGUGCGUGUCAUACACAGGAUGUCCUCCCAGGGGGCGCUAUUAAAAAUGACUGACAAGGGUUUUUGUUCUCUUUCUGUCCCUCUUGUCUGUCUGUCCAUCGCCUCCUCCUCUGGCUCUGUUGACUACAAGACCACUUCCAAGACGAUGUGUUUUAUAAACCAGUUUGUUGAGAUUUUGCGCUUUACAGGAAGUAUCUCCGUUUGUUUUGGAAGGCGGGGGGGGCGAGGCUUUCAAAACCGCCGUUCAGUUAUCCCACCUUUCCUUCUGUGUUGAGUUUUGACAUUUAAGAGUGGUUUGAUUUGAACAGGAGGUGUAAUUGUGGCUUUUAAAAAGAAAAAAAACAAACAUUUUGGCGGUGUUUUUUGGUAAAUGCAGUUUAGAGCAUUCAGAUGUGAGAAAACAGAAAAGAGAGUUGAGUGGAAACUGUCUCUGGAUUUCUUCCAUAAUUGUGAAGGCAGUGGGGGGUGGGCAGGGGGUUAAUAGUCGCUUUUAAAAGUAUAUAUGAAAAAAACUUUUCCAUGUAAAUAAGAUUUCUAAAUUUUGGGUUAUAGAUUUGUAUGAAAUAUAUAUGAAAAAAGAACAAAAAAAACAUGUUAUAAUAAAUAAAUAUGUUAGACGAUAAAUCAGUGAAAGAUGAGAGGUGUUACAUGCUCUAGCAGUGCGACGGACAGAAUAAUACAGUAAUACUGCGGUCGGAGGGAAGCGCUUAAAACAACUUCAUGUUUUCUGUAUAUGCAAGGAUGAAAGGCGGAUGUGAGAAGGGAAACAUCAGGCACAACAUCUGAAUCUUAUCAAACAAACAGCGACUCCCAACACACACUGCUGUUUUGUCUGCAGUGCAGUGGGAAGUAAAACCUUGAAAUAUACAACAAAGAGACAGCAAAUUGACUGUUUUUCUCUUUGGUGCUCCACGUCAGAGCGCUGAUCCCAAAUCAGAUCCGCAUUUGCCAUUAAAAAACAAAUCUUAAGUGAAAACUAUGAGUCAUGUUGAUUUGUUCAAUAUAUCUGAAGACGAAACCAGUUUCCAUGUCACAGUUAGAAGCGAUUUGUUAAAACACGUGAUGGAUAUCUUUAAGAUAUUUUUAUGAACAAGGCCUCAGAGUCAUACAUGUAUCAUUAUUGGUAAAACUGCAGUAUUAUUGCAGUACAGAUGCAGUUCAUUGUAGUCUUCCUACUCUGAGAUGCUUGAUAAGAUUCACCUCCUCACGGAAACUCUGCCCGCUAACAAGUUUUUUCUUUUUGAUUGGAUUGUAUUUUAAUUUGUCCACUGCUGGUUUUUUUUGCAAGCUUUAAUUUGACUUUUUGUUUUGUUGUUUUCUGUUAUUUAUCAUUUGUUUCUCUCAUUCAGCCAGAGAUCUUGUGAGGUGACAGUCGCUCUCACCUUAAAAAUAUCAAAAAUAAAAUCCUAUGAAGGUGAAUUAAACAAGGUGAACUUUUAAAAAAUGUUUUCUGAUAAUACCAAAAUCUCACACCUGCACAACGGAAAUUCUAACUUAAUCAUAAACUAUUUGUCUUGUAAUUUAAGAUUGCAAGUUUUGAUUUAGCAACAGCUUUUUCUGAACUGGGAGGAAGUUGAAUUAUGAUAGGAGUGAUUGGUCUUUCUUCUUCUUCUUCUUUGCAUCACAAAGAUUUCUCUGUUUUUUUCCCCCUCUUCAUUUUUUGUUUAUAUUAAUUUAUUUCUCUUGGUGAGCGCAUAUUGUCUGUUGAAGCACAUGUUCCGUUCUGGCGGGAGUGUUUGAUUGCAAUAGACCUUUAUAUCUGCUGUAUUGUUCUAAUAAAAAAAGUUUUUUUGAAUCUGU